AUGACCCCUGACAUGUCUGGAGGGCACCAGGAGAGGCUGUUACAGUCCUUUAUGACCCCUGACAUGUCUGGAGGGCACCAGGAGAGGCUGUUAAAGUCCUUUAUGACCCCUGACAUGUCUGGAGGGCACCAGGAGAGGCUGUUACAGACCUUUAUGACCCCUGACAUGUCUGGAGGGCACCAGGAGAGGCUGUUACAGACCUUUAUGACCCCUGACAUGUCUGGAGGGCACCAGGAGAGGUUGACACAGUCAUUUAUGAGCCUUGAGGACAUGUCUGGAGUGCACCAGGAGAGGUUGUUACAGUCCUUUAAGAGCCCUGAUGUCUGGAGUGCACCAGGAGAGCCCCAGUCUCUGGUCCCCAGCCCCAUAUCCAGCCCCAUACCCCGCCUCAGUCUCUGUGCCCAAGCCCUAUACCCAGCCCCAUACCCCUCCCAGCCCCAGUCUCUGGUCCCCAGCCCCAUAUCCAGCCCCAUACCCCGCCCCAGUCUCUGUGCCCAAGCCCUAUACCCAGCCCCAUACCCCUCCCAGCCCCAGUCUCUGUUCCCCAGCCCCAUAUCCAGCCCCAUACCCCUCCCAGCCCCAGUCUCUGAUCCCCAGCCCCAUAUCCAGCCCCAUACCCCGCCUCAGUCUCUGUGCCCAAGCCCUAUACCCAGCCCCAUACCCCUCCCAGCCCCAGUGUCUGUUCCCCAGCCCCAUAUCCAGCCACAGCCCAAUACCCAGCCCCAUACCCCGCCCCAGUCUCUGUGCCCAAGCCUAAGCCCCAGUCAUUGUGCCCCAGCCCCAGUCUAUGUGCCCCAGCCCCAUACCCAGCCCUAA